AUGCGUGCUCAGCUAAGCCUUGCCCUGGCGGUGGGCCUGGCCUUGACCAUCGCCGGCGCCAGCGCCAAGCCUGUGGAGCUGUCGAGCAGUGUCAUCCUCUUCUACUCCAGCGAGCUCUAUCCCCAUUACGGCCAGCCGAUCAGCCAGUGCGAGCUGCUGCUCAACCGCGCCAAGGAGGGCGGCGCUAAGAGUGUGAACAUCGUGCCCACCCUCUACUGGUAUGACCCCGCCUCCCAGAAGCUGCAGACAGGUGUGUGCAACGCCGAGGCCUGGGCCGAGAACCAGGUGGUGGACCACUACUGCGACAAGUGGGAGUGGGACAGCCCCUGCGAGGCCUUCUCCUGGGACAAGGUCUCGCGCUGGGAGACCGGCAUGAAGGACUGCAUCAAGAAGGCCCACGACAUGUUUGACACCGUGCUGAUCAGCCCGCACCUGGACGAUGGCACCAAGACCAUGCACUGGCGCAACAUGCUCUGGUUCGACCCUCUCAAGAAGGACAAGAACGGCUUCAACUACUUUGACAUCAUGCUGAGCCCCAUCCUGAAGGCCGUCAAGGCCUCCUACACCCAGGCCGGCAAGACCUUCAUCUUCGGGGCGGAGGGCGAGAUGGGCGGCACCGUGUUCUACGCGCCCGAGUCGUACCUCAAGAUCUUCCGCACCAUCCGCGAGGAGUACAAGGGCCCCGCCACCCUCAAGACCGCCCUCAUGUUCAACCACGCCUACCUGCCCGGCGUCAUCAACCGCGGCGAUGACGUGUACGGUGCCAUCCCCGAGGGCAAGUUCUGGAAGAAGGACGGCGGCUGGGGCCCCCUCCUGCCCUUCGACCAGUGGCCCGAGCACGAGCGCCUCUCCAAGGCACUGCCCGCGAUCAGGCGCCUGCUCAAGAGCGUCGACGUGCUCGGCGUGUCCUGCUACGCGCGCACCUCGGCCGACCCCCAGCCCGUGGAGCUCGAGUCCUGCGCGGUCAAGUACGACGCUGAGCUGUCGGCCAUGGGCUUCGACCUCAAGGCCUGGACCAACCUCCCCGGCAAGUCCUUCAUCUACAACGAGUUCGCCCUGGGCGGCGGCAUCAGCGAGUGCGGCAACACCCCCGCCACCACGCGCGAGGAGGCCGGCCGCUUCAGCUGGCUGGGCGGCACCAGCACCUUCACCAAGUCCAUCGACCCCUGGAAGGUCAACACCAUCCAGCAGUACAACCGCGAUUGGUACCAAGCCGCCUUCAAGCUGCUCAAGAACGGCGGCAUCAACUACAAGCUCAGCGGCGUGUUCCUCUGGAACGUGGUGUCCUGGGACGUGCAGGGCAUCCACCCCGCGUCGUCCAGCGGCGAGGGCACCUUCAAGGACGAGGUGAUCAGCCAGCAGAUCAGGGAGUACAACGCCUGGGUGGCGGCCAACCCCAACGCAGGCAAGAUCCUGGUCGCCUCCGUCAAGCCCCAGGGCAAGCCCCACGGCAAGCCCAACGGCAAGCACACCGGGCGCAAGGUGCUCCAGGCCUGA